AGGGACUGGCACCUGAUGAAUCGUUCCCACACUAAAGCAAUCAAGAUAUCGAACUAGAAAAAGAAGCAUGGAGGAAGUAAAAAGGAACGAGGGAGACCUUGGUUCCGAUAGUAGUUUAACAACAGAACAAGUUAUCAAUAUUGUAGCAGACAGACCUUCGUGGCAGAUGUGGGCAGUUUGGAUUGGUCUAAUGUCCUUCAUGGCGACAGCUUCCAACGGCUCUUACUAUCCUGCGUUCGGAGGAUACAUUCCUUACAAACAGUGGAACUGUACCAGUGUCAAGUGUGAGGAGAGAAUAAAGACGACUACAAUUUCAGGCAUCUCGGCUGAACAGGGAAGAGAGUACCUGUGUGGAGAUAAAGACGCAGAGCCCCUCCUGGUAGGAGUAGACUUCCAGUGGAACGUGGGUGGUAGGUCCACAUUUUCUAUGGACUGGAAUCUACAUUGUGAUAGAGAGUGGUUGUGGACCAUGAGUGGGUCUAUUGGAUAUUUUGGGCAUCUCGUCGGUUCUCUGGGUGGUAAUUUCUACGACGUAUUCGGAAGAAAGUACGGUGCUCUUAUAGGGUGUAUCGUUCUGUUCGUCAACAACUUCAUACUGCUUGGCUCCCCUUCCAUUGGAUUCUUCCUUGCCUUUAGAUUCGUAUGGGGUAUGGCGCUGAUGUGCGCAAUGGACGCCAUUUUCGUGUUCAUGCUAGAGUACACUCCCUCCAAACAUCGAGCUGUUGUGAACAGUGGGUACCAGUUCUUCUGGGCUAUCGGAUACAUCAUAUCACCCAUGGCUGGGUAUUACAUUACUAGCUGGAAGUGGUUACUAGUUCUGAACAGUUGUCUGGUGAUAAUACCCACGGUGUGUGUCCUGAUCAUGCCUGACUCCCCUGGCUACUUCCUCGUUAAUAAGAAAGACGAAGCACUAGCUAAAAACAGCUUGGCUUGGUUAAAACGGCUGAACGGACACGACUUUGAUCUGGAUAGGGUGACUCUAAGAGAGGAGGGAACAGUGGUGGAGAAGAGGACAUUCCUGGAGAGUCUCCUCGACUUUAUCAAGUACAGAGAGAUGGCAUUACAAACACUGAUUCAGUCCUUCAUGUGGCUAGUUGUGGGGUUCCUUUACUAUGGGUUUACUUUUACCUGGGGCAGCUUCAGUGAAGGCAACUACUAUUAUAGUUAUUUGUACCCAGCUAUUGCUGAAGCUGUAGCGUAUGUGUUGAUGACAAUACCUCUUACCUACAUGGGCAGGAGGAUUACAGUCAGUUCCUUCUACAUUAUAGCCAGCACCUCGUUUGUCCUGGCACUAAUCCCUACCAAGUUUCCUGGAUUUAUCUCUGUGGAGCAGCUGAGUUGUUUAGUGGGCAGUACUUUCGUGUCGGCGGCGUUUGGUUCUGUUUACAUUUACACAGCGGAGCUGGCGCCGACAUCUCACCGGGGCAAGAUCAUGGGGAUAUGUCAUCUGGGUUCUCAGAUAGGAGCGGUAUGUGGUCCUCAGGCGAGCUUGUUGAUAAACAAAUGGAGCAAGCCGGGUACGUUGAUCCUCUUUGCUGUUCUGGCAGGACUGGCCGGACUCCUCUGUAUUCGGCUACCUGAGUCUAGAGGCGUCUCCACUCCGGACACUGCCCAACAGAUUCAAGCAAGACGACACGGAAAGGAUUGUGGAAAGAAAAGCCAAGCUUAUGCCGAUGAAAACUGCUGCGAAGCACAACAUGCAGACAAUGCCAUAUGAGGAGGCAGUUUUGAGAUAAAUUGCUCCAUUGGACUUUAAGCUCAGCAGUGUGAGAUUGUUAUCUAGAGCGUGGGAUAUGGGCUCUUUAAGCGGUGAAAAGUGUUCCCACCCUAGUUCACUUAUACAUUCGUCCGGAAAUGUUAGCCAGUAAUUAAUUGGUUGCGUAAAAUUUGGGCGGGAAAUUUACUCGUUCCAAUUUCUUUGAAGUAAGGUUAAGGAGGUCAGACCAUGAGAAUAGACAAUAGUGUAAAAUGUUUAUCAAAUAAUAUCGAAUGAGGGGAUGGAUAAGCAUUUAUAGAGUUUAUAAAAUUUGGUUUUACUUGACUUUUAUCUUUUGAUACAUUCUUCUAAUUUUGAAGAUUUAAAUCUAUUUGUAUUGCUAUCCAUGGAAAGUAUUAAAUCAGUUCAUAUCUCAUAUAAUUAAAGACAUUCGAUUUUUGAUCAUGA